GUCGAGCUAUGAGAAUUGCAAUUAUAGGUCGCAAUAAACUUGGAUUCAUUGAUGGAUCAUGCAGAAAAGAGUUAUAUGGUCCUAACUUGACAAAUCUGUGGGAAAGAUGCAAUGGUAUAGUGCUUUCGUGGAUUAUGAAUUGUGUUUCGAAGGAGUUACUUGGAGGCAUUGUUUAUUCUACUAAUGCAGCAGCUGUGUGGAAGGAUUUAUGUGAAAGAUAUGACAAGAUUGAUGGAUCACGUAUCUUUCAACUACACAAAGAGAUUGCUACUGUUAGCCAAGGAACAAGUUCAAUCUCAACCUAUUUCUCUAAGCUACGUGAGUUGUGGGUAGAGUAUGAUAGUUUGGCACCUGUUCCUGGUUGUGAUUGUGUGAAUUCAAGAGAAUUUGUAGUGUUCAUGCACAAUCAGAAGUUACUGCAGUUUCUCAUGGGAUUAAAUGACUCAUAUGAGCAAGCUAGAAGCCAAAUACUAAUGAUGGUACCUUUGCCUACUAUAAAUAAGGCAUACUCACUGCUUAUUGAAAGAGAAAGCCAACGUAUCAUGUCACAAACCUCUCACAGUUCAAGUUCAUCUGAUUUAAAUGCCUUGUUUACUGCUCAAUCAUUAGUUCCCAAACCAAGGUUUAAUACUAGUUCAAACUAUGAUCCAAAUGCAUUUUGUGAGUACUGUAAAAGAACAGGACACAUGCAAGCUGUGUGUUAUAAACUUCAUGGAUAUCCACCUGGUUAUGAAAGAAAGAAGAGAGGUUCUACUGGUCCUACUUACAAUGGUCAAGGGAGAGGAAGAUCAAGUAAUGAUAGGAGAUCAUAUCCAUCUGCUAACAAUGCAAUUAGUGACACUGAUCAUUCUGAUUUUAAUAGAGUUGAGAAUCCAAGAAAUCAAGGUUAUGGUAGAGGUGAUAGACAAGCUGAUUCUGUUGAUUAUCACAAAGGAUUGAAUGCAUUUCAGGAACAAUAUAAUCAAAUCUUGCAGAUGCUUGGCCAAUCAAAUAGGCAAAACAACACUGAAAGAGACUCAAAUUCACAUUCCAGUGCAAAUCUAGCUCAAGAGAACUAUCCUUCAUCAGGAUCCCUCCAGUGGGCAGGUGAAGGUGAUUGGUAGAGAACAGGCUGGACUUUAUCUCAUUCCUCAUCCUUCAGCUUCUGCAGCUAAUACUCAAACAUACUCUCAUUUGGUUCAUGAUGGUUCAUCAAGUUCACAAACUGUUCUAUGGCACCAAAGACUUGGUCAUACUUCAUCUAAUGUUUUAGCUAAAACUCUCAAUCUUCCAGUUACACAGUGCUCAAAUGAGGUUCACAACUGUACAAUAUGUCCUCUAGCUAAACAACCAAGACUUCCUUUUCCAAAUAGCUCUACUAUAUCUUCUAGUCCAUUCCAGUUGAUACAUAUAGAUGUUUGGGGUCCAUUUCAUACUCCUACAUAUGAUGGUAAUAGAUUCUUUGUCACUAUAGUGGAUGAUUGUACUAGAAUGUUGUGGCUGUUUCUAAUAAAGUUGAAGAGUGAUGUUUGUGUUGUAUUGAA